AUGGCCGAAGUACCAAAACCCACAAACACAACUCCCACCGAGAGCUUGCCAGCCCACCGCCUCCCCACAGACAAAGACACAAACUCCCCCUUCUGGACCGAGAGGCUUCCCCCUCUCGAAGAACACACAAAGAAGCUCUUUGUAGAAUACGCUAGAAUCCCGGAAGAUGAACUCCAGAAGCAUCUCGAAGAAGCUCGCAAGAAGGCAUGGAACGACUGCCCUUACCCAUGCAUAGGCCUCUGGCUCUUCCUCAAGCUCCAACUCAGGAAUAACAAGGAGUUCGACGAGGCCGUAAAGCGUACCCAACAAGGCGAGAAGUUACUCGACUUUGGAUGUGCCAUUGGCCAGGAUCUACGUAGUCUGGCCCACUCAGGUUCUCCCCCAAACUCCCUGUACGGCAUAGACCUCGUCCCCUCCUUCUUCUCCGCCGGGAAAUCCCUCUUCAACGACCCUUCCACGCCCAUAACAUUCCUCCAAGCAAACGCCCUCUCCUCCCCUCCACCCCUGCCCGAAUGGCACGGCCAAUUCUCCAUCAUCACAGCAAACUAUGUCUAG